GCAGCCGGGCCUAGCCAAUGGCUGCGCAGCGGCUUCACACAUGCGCAGUGAUAUCGUCUGGUCGUGCGGAGCCUCGGGCCUGUGAAGAUUCCAACAAUGUGGACAGCUGACGAAAUUGCCAGUCUUUGUUAUAAACACUAUUCUACCAAACUACCAAAGACAGGUCUGCCAGACCCCAAACGGGAAUGGACAUUACUUGCAGCUGUGGUAAAAGUUGAAGAAAAACCCAGUGCAAAAUCAUGUUGUAAUAACGAGAGAAAUGUUGUAACCCUGGAAGUUGUUGCAAUGGGAACAGGAUCAAAGUGCAUUGGACAAACGAAAAUGAGCAAAAAUGGUGAUGUAGUUAAUGACAGCCAUGCUGAGGUGACUGCAAGACGUGGGUUCCUUAGGUAUUUAUAUUAUCAAUUGAAAGAGGCGUUUGAAGAGAGAAAUAGCAUCUUGGUUGCAGGAAAAUGCAAAGGAAAAUGGCAAAUUAAGUCAGGAAUUUCCUUUGUGUUUUUCAUGAGUCACACUCCAUGUGGUGAUGCAUCCAUUAUCCCAAAGGCAGAAUGUGAGAUCAGACCUUCUCCAAACCUGAGAGCAAAGAAAAUUGGUGAACAGAGAAGUAUCACUGUUCAAGAUAAUGAAAAUACUAAAAAUACACAAUUUUUAAAUAUUGAAGAGCACACACUAGUCACAAAACGCAAGUGUGAUGGAAGUGCCAUGGAGGUUCCUGUUAAAAGAGUAAAAAGAAUUGAUGGAAGUGAAGACUGUACAUCUGGCUGUAGCAGUAUUCCUGAAAGAAAACCCAGUCAUCCGUCUGCAGAAGGAAGAAUUGAUGUCAGGAUAAACAAUAAUACAGCGCACGUAACGCAUACGAACAGCCUUGAGAAUGUAUCUCACAACAUGGCUGCAAUAGAUGCAGAUGAGACCAGACACAUGCAAAUCACUGUUUCAGACAUAUAUCGAACUGGAGCUAAAUGUGUACCAGGGGGUCUUCAAGAUCCCCUUGAACCUGGAAUUAAUUACCACUGCGUAGGAUCAUUGAGAGUGAAGCCAGGUAGAGGUGACAGGACAUUAUCAAUGUCCUGCAGUGAUAAACUUGCUCGUUGGAACAUCCUUGGCUGUCAAGGAGCACUGCUCAUGCAUUUCUUUGAGGAACCUGUGUAUUUCUCUUCUAUUGUAGUCGGACAGUGUCCAUAUAGUGAAAAGACAAUGAAGAGAGCUAUAUUGGAUAGAUGUCGCCACAUUACCUCACUUCCAAAAGACUUCAGAGUUCAAGAUGUAAUGCUACUCCAGUCACAGUUGGAGUUUGUGCAUGGUCGCCACUCAUUACAAAGCAGCUCUGUCCCCAAUAAAGAUAAAUUUGUACCUUGUGCUGCAGCAAUAAGUUGGUGUGCUGUUCCACAUCAGCCAUUGGAUGUCUGUGUAAAUGGCUUUAAACAAGGAGCAACAAAAAAGAUUCAUGGAACACCACAGGCAAGGUGUAAAAUUUGCAAGGCAGAGCUCUUCAAUGAAUUCAGAGACCUGCUGAACUAUCUUUCCGAAGAAGGCCGUCCAAUAUCCCUUCAAAAUAAAACAUUAAAAACCUACUGGGAAUUCAAGGAAGCUGCAACAAAUUAUCAGCAAGCGUGGAAUGAAAUACAGAAGCAGGCAUUUGUUACUUGGGUGCGAACCCCAAGGGACCUUAUGCGAUUUCAGUAGAGAUGCAGCAGCAAAAUAAUGUAGCAGAAAUAAUUAAAGUCAGUUCUGUCUGGAUGAUUAUACAUAGAUCUCAAUAGAUCCAAAUUUCUGAUUUUUUAACAAAAAAAUUGUCAGUUAACUUGAAAUGGAUUAAAUGUAUAUAGUAAAUAUUAUUUUUAGUUACUAGACUUUAAUGUUGCUAAACCUGGAUUUCUACAUCUGUCUGCACAGACUUGAGUAGUAACUGAAAUUUAUAAUAUAAUUAGAUGAGAUACACUCAGCAAGCAAAAAUGUAUUAAUUAAGUUUGAUGUAAAAUGGAGAAGCAUCAUCAUUUUUCUAACUGCCUGACCAUGACAUUUUUUCUAGUAUCAAAUUUAGGAAGGUUUUUCUUUGACAUGGCUAAUGUAUUCUACAGUUGUCUUUUACUCACUUCGAAUUC